AUGGUUAAAUGUAUGCUGCGUGUUCCACACCCUCCACGUCAUGAGUAUCAUGAAUCACAAGACAUUGUCAUUGGCGGCAUUGCUUCGCAGUCCUUCAGACUGUCCUUUUCAGAAGAUUUCACUGAAGAACCUUCACUGCCACCGAAGGAAGGGCUUAUCACACUGCCUAAGAAUUACCAGCACAUCCUGGUCUUGGCAUUUGCAGUGAAGGAAGUCAAUGAAAACCCUCAGCUCUUACCCAAUGUCACUUUGGGCUUCCGCAUCUAUGAUAGCUAUUUAAAUGCCAAGUCAACCUAUCAUGCCACAAUGCUACUUAUAUCCACAUCUGAGGAAUUUGUUCCCAACUACAAAUGUGACUUCCAGAAUAACCUAAUAGCAGUCAUUGGAGGACUGGACUCUGAAACCUCUCUUCAGGUAGCAACUGCAUUGGAUUUUUACAAGAUACCCCAGCUCAUCUAUGGCUCCAUUCCAGUGAUGAAUGAUAAAACCCCAGGACUUCCCUUCUAUCAAUUGAUCCCUAAUGAAACUCUUCAGUAUUCAGGGAUUCUCUUUUUACUGCUACAUUUCAGCUGGACGUGGAUUGGGGUUCUAGUUAUGGAUAAUGACAAUGGAGAAAGAUUUCUGGAAACUGUGUUUCCAAUGUUUUCUCGAAAUGGUGUUUGUUUUGCCUUCAUAGAAAGAAUCCCCACAUUUAGAUUUGUUCUUGAGAUUGGAGGCAUGUUGGAAGAGGGGAUGAAAAUAUAUGAUACAGUCAUGAAGAGCAAAUCCAAUGUCUUGGUUGUAUAUGCAGAAUCAUAUUCCCUGGCAUUUUUUGGAUGGGUUUCAUUUCUAUCAUCUUACAGGACAAUCAAACCAAAAGGUAAAGUAUGGAUAGGAACAGCCCAGGUGGAGGUAACUGCAUUUCAUUAUCAAAGAAAUUGGGAUGCAGAAAUAUUUCAUGGUGCUAUAACCUUUGCUAUUCACUCGAGUGAGAUACCAGGAUUUCACCAAUUUGUCGAAAGCAGAAAUCCUUACAACACACAAGGAGAUGGUUUUAUCAAUGACUUCUGGCAUUGUGCAUUUGAGUGUGAAUUCCAAAACUCAGUUCUAGAUGAGGUAUAUGAGGAUAUCUGCACAGGUGAGGAGAAGCUGGAGAGCCUUCCUGGGAUUUUCUUUGAAAGGAGGAUGACUGGACACAGCUACAGCAUCUACAAUGCCAUCUAUGCCAUGGCCCAUGCAUUACAUGCUAUGUAUUCAUCUAAUCUGAAAUACAGAGCAAGAGUGAACAGAGAGAAAUUGAAAAUUCAGAACCCUCCGGGAUGGCAGCUUCAUCACUUUCUGAGAGGUGUCUCAUUUAAUAACAGUGCAGGGGACAGGAUCUCCUUUAACCAGAAUGGGGAAUUAGUUGCUGGAUUUGAUGUUCUCAACUGGAUUGUUUUUAAAAAUCAAUCUUUUCAAAUAGUGAAAAUUGGAAGGGUAGAUCCCCAUGGUCCUGAUGACCACGUGUUUACCAUCAAUGAGGAUGCCAUAACAUGGUCCAGCUCAUCUAUCCAGACACGGCCUCUUUCACUGUGUAUUGAGAGAUGCCAACCUGGUUUCCACAAGAGAGUGAGGGAAGGGGAGCCAUUUUGCUGCUAUGAUUGCAUCCCAUGUCCAGACAGGAAGAUUUCAGACCAGAUGGAUCUUGCUGACUGUUACAAAUGCAAGGAUGAAAACUAUCCAAAUAAAUAUCGGGAUUCAUGUAUUCCCAAGUUUGUAACCUAUUUAUCUUAUGGAGAACCUUUGGGACUUAGCUUGAGCUUUAUCGCUAUUUUCUUUUCAUGUAUCACAGCUCUGGUGCUAGGACUGUUUAUGAAGUACCACAACACCCCCAUUGUCAAAGCCAACAACCGGAGUCUCACCUGCACUCUCCUCAUCUCCCUCCUGCUUUGCUUUCUCUGCACAUUGCUGUUCAUUGGCCAUCCUGUGAAACUGACCUGUCUCCUCAGACAAACUGCUUUUGGCAUCAUCUUCUCAGUGGCUGUUUCCUGUGUGCUGGCAAAAACCAUCACAGUGGUUCUGGCUUUCAUGGCCACCAAGCCAGGAUCCCACAUGAGGAAGUGGGUGGGCAAAAGACUGGCCAAUUCCAUUGUUCUUUCCUGCUCCCUUAUUCAAGUUGGCAUUUGCACUGUGUGGCUGGAAAUCUCUCCUCCAUUUCCAGAUGCCGACAAGCACUCAAUGAUUGAUGAAAUUGUGGUAGAAUGUAAUGAGGGCUCUGUGAUUAUGUUUUAUUGUGUCUUGGGCUACAUGUGCUUGCUUGCACUCAUCUCUUUCACUGUUGCCUUCCUUUCCAGGAAGUUGCCUGACAGUUUCAAUGAAGCCAAAUUUAUCACUUUCAGCAUGUUGGUCUUUUGCAGUGUUUGGCUCUCCUUUGUUCCAACUUACCUGAGCACAAAGGGGAAAUACAUGGUAGCUGUGGAGAUCUUCUCCAUCUUAGCUUCCAGUGCUGGGGUUCUGGGUUGCAUCUUUUCCCCCAAAUGUUUCAUCAUUCUUCUGAGGCCUGACCUGAACAACAGGGAAAAGCUAAUGAGAAGAAAGAACUGA